AUGUCUAGGGGCCCCGAGAAACAAAGGAUGGUUUCGAUAUUGAACAAUGAUGAUAACCCGUCCUUCGUGGUCCGGCCCUCGAAAUCAUCCAAAUAUCGACAAGAGCCAGCAGCGUACUCUUCACAGCUUCAAGCUUGGCCGACAUCCUCUCCGGAAUCGCACUUUUACUCUUACGAGCUACAGACACAUGGCUCUCUACCGCCGCAGUAUGCCAUGCCCCAUGGCUUACCGCAUGGAUACGAACACCACGAGAGGGGGUCUGCGGCACAUGUUUUGCAGGAUGAUCGCCAGAUAGCAGAGCGAGACAGGUUAUCACCGCGAUCCAGUUAUAGCAAUUUGGCAGAGUAUACAGCGCCGCCGACCACCAAGAAGAAUAAGCAUGCCUGCCCGUACGCUGCCUCACACGGCUGCCCGGCAACAUUUACAACCUCUGGCCACGCUGCACGCCAUGGAAAGAAGCACACCGGUGAAAAACGAGUCCACUGCCCAGUGUGCAACAAGGCUUUUACCAGAAAGGAUAAUAUGAAACAACAUCAGAGGACUCAUCGAGAAUCAGGUGCAGAUACGGAUUUUGAAGGGCAGGAUCAGAACGUCUCUGAUGCAGCAUACUCUCAAUCACCCGGCUCUUCUAUAGCGUAUCCCCCGGCAUAUGACCCAGACGCAUCGAUGAACUCGCGUUACCCACAGCAUCGUCGACAUUCAAGCCGCUCCGCCACCAGUUAUGAUACUUCUCCUCGAUAUCUAUCCCGAGAACUCGCAGAUCCGCUGGAUCCAGAGGAUGAGAGACGGCGACGCUCCUCGGCAUACCGAUCCGAUAGUGUUUCGUCAGGACUGGACUCACUUGCGAUAGCAUCGACCAACUCAAGCUAUGGAAGCAGGCAUAUAUCAAAGAAAUAA